AUGCCCAAAGUGAUUUAUUUCCUAACAGAUUCGGGAUCUAACGUCAAUAGCCAGUGGCUGCAUCGGUUUUCGAGUAGUAAUAGUAGAAUUCUCCGUCAAUUGUCAUACGGAGCACUGGUGGCACUUUCGCUUUACGUGCUAACCCCAACUAUCACUAAGCUUAUAUUUGGAUCAAAAAUGUUUUCCAGUAGUUCUAAGAGAGUUGAUAAAUAUACUACGGGGCUUAUCAACAACCGGAACGACUGUUUUGCCAAUUGUUCGGUGCAAGCGUUAGCUUCUUUGCCGGGACUGACCUCGUACUUGAACGAGUUUCUGCAUCAGGUUUCUGAUGCUGUAGUUUUGAUUAAUGACGAUACAGAUGAUAAGCAGGCUUCUCGUGGUACUCAAUAUUUGGAUCAUGGGAUACUUACUCCUAAACUUGAGGUGGACUCCAAUCCUAUAGACAAUCAUCAGAGUUUGGACGGGUUAGUCUCUUCUGCGGUUCAAAAGAGCAAAUCUUCUACUUCAGUUAGUACUUUGCAAGAUGAACCUACUCACGGCGAUCAUACUCCUGCUUUGUCCACUGCCCAACAUUCGUUGAAUGAGGAGGAAGAAAAUAGUGAGGAAACAGAUGAUGAGACGACUGAACCUAAGAUUCCAAGAAUCCUGAUGCAUCAGAGUCUAGCUAGUAUGCUUUCGCAACUUCAAGAAACUAUUACAUCGUCUAGACAUAUCUCUGUGUGGCCUCUACUUCGUGUCCUCGAGAUAAUAUUCAAUGCGAAGAUCUCCACGGGCCAAAAUGAUGCUCAUGAGCUGACUCAAGUCAUUCUGGAGACCUUGCAAAAGGAGAAUAUGAAAUUGAGAAAGUUUGUGAAGAAUAAUGAUAUAAAUGUCAGCAUUCCCGAGUUGCCCUUCGGUGGUCAACUAGCAGACCAUCUGGUAUGCAUGAAAUGUACAAAUUCUUCCAAAGUUAAUAUCCAUCCGUUCAUCAUCUACCCACUUACUGUUCCUCAGGCUAUGUCAGCCAAGCUAUCUGACAUGGUGUCGGACAACCAAACGGAUACCAUAGAGGGCUACUCAUGCCUCACAUGUAAGGUCUCGACAAUAGUUAACUAUGAAAAGGGUCGUGGUUACGCGAAAUGUACACAAGAAGAGAAAAGGAUUCUGAAGACUUUGGAAGAUGCAUUACCGGAUAUGGCCAUUAAUGAUGAACUCUCAGAUGAGCUAACUUCAUACAUUAAUUCCUACAACAAGGAUGGUAUUGUCGGUGCAGAUUUGAAAUCCACGAUUGUUAAGAAGACUGUUGUCGUGGAAUCUCCAAAGACGUUGGUCAUGCAUUUAUCCCGUUCGAUGUUCGAUGGUAUUUCCUAUCAAAGGAACUCGUGUGGUGUGGCAUUUGACGAAAUCCUAGAAUCUCGAGAGCAAGUGAUUCGUCAUAACAAAUGUGUGGGAAUUAACCCCAUCUCCUAUAAACUUAAAGCCAUAGUGGCACAUUCCGGGUCACAUUCUCAAGGUCACUACGAAUGUUACAGACACAAGCCUGAUUUUGUUAAGGAUACCACAACCAAGACAGUGAUUAACAGGUCGCCCACAAUUGACAAAUCUUUGAUCACGCCAGAACAAUCAAAGGAGCCUAACGGAACUCAGAAACAGGCAGAUCCACAAGACUAUAUCGGGGAUGGCAAUUUCACGCUGAACGCAGCUGCUUUGCCAACGAGAUCGAACAGUAGUAAUAGCAGUAUUCACAACUCCGAGGAGGACUACGUUAUUAGCGGCUCAGAAGGCUCCAAACCUAGCAGAAAGCCAUCGACGAUCAAAAAGAUCACAGGCUUCCUAUCGAGAAAGGGCACGAUGAGCGGAGAAGAGCCCCCAUUGGAUAUCAAGAGUCCAGCGAGCAUAGCGCGCAGUCGGGCAGGCAGUAUCGCUACCAGCGAUUACGGCAGAAGCAGAGCUGGGAGCAUCUCGUCCACGCAAAUGGGAAGAACCACAUCUAUUGACUCCCAAUCCUCACAUCUCACCUCCUCUGAAUCGAAUGUUGGGACGACUAGUGCGAGUGAUGCAGAUGCAGUUCUCGGUGACCAGCGCAUCCUCAAGAAGAUCAAGAGUGUCUCGAAAUAUCCAUACUGGCGUAUAUCGGACGCAGAAGUGAAAGAGGCCAAGGUUGACCAGGUUCUCGGCGAGAUGAGAUAUGUCUACAUGCUCUACUAUGAGCUUUUGACAAGUUGA